AUGAUCUGGUUCUCGCUCUGCCUACUUGCUCUCGCCUUCGUAGUCUUCAUUCUGCUCGGCAUCUUGUCACAUCCUCCUCACUGGAUCUUCCCUUACAUCAAUAGGGCCUCUUGCCUUACCCAUGUCCCCAUCUACUUCUCUCCCUACUCUUCAAAAAGCCCCUUCAAACCACCUAUUCUACGCCGAAUCCAUCAAACCCCACCCACAGUCAUGACCGCAACACAACUCGUACUCUCCACGCCAGAACUAGUCUCUGAGAUCCUUCAAUGGGACGCAGGCGGCUACAAAGAAUACGACGGGCCAUUCAACCAAACAUCCGCAAAGACUAGAUUCGUCAACUACGCACUGGUCAAUACACUCUGGUUCCACGAAGCAAUGCGAUACCUAUGGUGGACUCCAUUGCCAUUCUCCAAACUCCGUACCCUUGGAAGAAGGCUUCCUCGAGAGCGCAAACAGGUUUACGCGAACUUUGUAGUGGAUCUUGUCCUUGAGAAUGACCCUCAUGGUUCCUAUAAGGAGAACCGGGUUCUUGAAAGAUUGAGCUUUCCACGUCUGCGCUUUGUGAAAAUUUAUAUCCGUCCUGGACAGCGGUUACUCUCUUUGCCUGAGAUUGGAGGGUUUGCGCUUCACGAUCUCACUAUUGACGUCCGGGCUGGUCACAGUGGCAUGCAUGGUGCUUUUGAUGAUAACCAGAUGCAGAAUCGGUUGGCGAAGCGGCUGAUGGUUGGUUUCUUGAAUACGGGGCUUUGA